UUGUUCCUGUGCCGUGACAUUUCUCGAGUAGUGUUGAGCAUUGUGCAGUCCUGUUAAGUGUGAGUUUUCCUCAGUCAGUUUUGUGGUGAAGAAAGUCUUCGUCGAUCUUAAGGACACGCAGAAUACCGUAGUUUAAGAUGAGUGACGACCCGGACCCCAUUCCCGAAAGGGACAUGAAGGACUUUCAGUUUCGACAGAUGAAGAAGAUCCGCGUCUUUGAUGCCCCAGACGACCUCCCGAGAGAGAGAUGCAGCCUGUUAGCCGUCUCCAACAAGUUCGGACUGACGUUUGCGGGGCAGGAACGCACGCUGAAGAUGUUCCACACGAAAGACGUCCUGCUGGCAAACAAAGCGGAAGGCAAUCCGAACGAAAUAGUGGAGGGUGUGAAAGCCUUGGAGGUCACAGUGGAGUGUCCCCUGCACCACCUGGCCCUGAGCAGCGAUGAGCUCACCUUGUCUGUCUGCGGGGUGUCUGAGGAGGGUGGCCUCUUGCUCACCUUCUUUGACGUUCGCACCUUCCUUAACAAGGCCAGGCCUGAAAAGCUGCCGUUUGGCUCCCUGAGGCCAGCUGUGGACCCAGGGACCUUGGUUCAGGACCUGAAGUGGAAUCCAGCUCAGACGUCAGUGUUGGCGGUCUGUCUGUCGGAUGGCAGCAUGAUGGUCCUGGAGGUCACAGACAGUGUCACUGUGCAAGCGCAGCUUCCCGCCUCUGUGGGCAUCACUUGUGUGUGCUGGAGUCCGAAAGGGAAGCAGGUCGCUGCAGGAAAACAGAAUGCCACAGUCAUCCAGUACACACCCGCACUCCAGGAGAAGAAGGUGAUCCCCUGCCCCCAUUUCUACACCUCCGACAAUCCAGUCAAAGUGCUAGAUGUGCUUUGGCUCAGCACAUAUGUUUUUGCUGUGGUCUACGCUGCAGCUGAUGGCUCCCCAGAGACUCCCCCUGACCUUGUCGUGGUCUCACUCCCUAAAAAGGACGAUAAAAAAGGGGAGCGGUACCUGAACUUCAGUGACCUGGUGUACGGCACCUGCACGGAGAGACAGCACCACUACUUCCUCAGCCACAUAGAAGACUGGGACCUGGUGUUGGCUGCAUCGGCAGCUUCUAUUGAAGUCAGCAUCAUCGCAAAACAGGAGGACAAGACCAGCUGGGAGCUGUGGUUGCUGGAGGAUGCCAGCAGAGCUGAAUUGCCAGUGACAAUGAACAAUGAUGACACCCUUCCUGUAGGAGUUGCUAUUGACUACACGAGCCAGGAGGAAAUCCGCAUCAGUGAUGAGUGUGUGUUGCCUCCGGCUCCCACACUGAUGCUGCUCUCCACAGAUGGGGUGCUGUGCCCCUUCUCUCUCCUGAACCAGAACCCUGGGGUCAAGCAGCUGUCCACAGCACCUGUCAGCCUUGCGCUGGAGGGGGAGAGAAUACCUGCUCCUGGGUCUGCUUCCAUGGCUCCUGCUCUGUGCGCAACCGCAGCCCCGGCAGCAACUGUUGCCCCCACCUUUGCCUCCACCCUGCCCACGUCUGCUGUUGGCCAGCUGGCUCCAGCUGCCACCCCCUCUGGCUUCUCCUUCUCCCUGCCUUCAUCUCUGUCUGCAGCCCCUUCUAUGUUCUCCAGCACCACCCCUGCGGCUGCAGCGGUCCAGUCCACAGUUUCCACUGGGUUCUUAUCUGCAGCACAGACCAUAAAGAUGGACCUGCCUGCUGCCCCAGCCUUCUCCUUCAGCGCCACCUCUAUUAAACCCCCUGUUGAGACUAGUGGUGCCCCUCCCUCCAGUGCUCAACGCCCUUCCACUGCCUCCCCCAUCACCUCCUUCAAGACCCCCGUAGAGCCCGCCACCCCAGCAGUGAAGGUCAACCUCAAUGACCGGUUUCUGGCAGUUGACACUCCAGCUCCGACCGCCCCUGGCCCUCGUGACUUGUUCACCUCCACCCCAAAGCCAGCCUUCUCUGCGCCCAAUAACCAUUCCGUCCCUCUGCCAAGUUCCAGCAAGGCCACAGCUGCUCCAGUCCUCGUGAAGCAGAUUCAGAACAGCAGCGCCAUGCCAGCAGUGCAGAAGGCAGGUGCAGCCAGCCAGAGCCAUAGCAGUGUUACACAGGCCUCCCUCUCAAUGAAAGCCAUGGAAAAGCAACUACAGCAAAGGAAGGAUUCUGACCCUGUCAUGGCUGGAAUCCUAGAAGAGAUUGCUCAUUUCCAGAAGGAACUGGACGACCUCAAGGCCCGCAGUGACAAGGCAGACUUUACCGUGGGUACUGUGGAGGAGAUGAAGGAGCUGCGCAAGGAAUCUGAGGACCUGCAUGUCUUUACUAUCGAGAUCAAGGAGACCACAGAGUCUCUUCAUGGAGAUAUUAGCACCCUGAAGACUACAUUGCUAGAGGGUUUUGCAGGGGCAGAGGAGGGCAAGGCCCAGAGUGAACUGAACAAGGACCGUGGCUACUUGCAGCUGUUGUAUAAGAAGCCCCUGGAUCCGCGCAGUGAGGAACAACUGAAGGAGAUUCGGAGACUGUACCAGUAUGUGAAGUUCGCAAUGGAGGAUGUGAACGAUGUGCUUGAUCUGGAGUGGGAGAAGCACCUGGAGAAGAAGAAAAAACAUAAGCACCUAAUCGUGCCGGAACGAGAGGCACUGUUCACUACACUAGCCAACCACCUGGAUAUCAUCAACCAGCAGAAGCAGAAGCUGGACUCUCUGGUGAAGGACUUGCAGGCUCUACGGCUGUACAACAGGCCUGCCGCCUGGAGCAUACCCAGCCACCGCCCAGCAACUCCACAGAGUAUGGACAGUGAGCUGGAGGUCUUAAGAGAUACUCUGAUGAAAGCAAGUCUGGAGACGCCACCGAAGGCCCCAUCCAUCACCCCAGCUAAGAUGUCUCCUGUGAAGCAGUCCCAGCUGAGGAACUUCCUGUGCAAACGGCAGACACCUCCCAUUCGGUCCACAGCUCCAGCCAACCUGUCCCGAUCGGCCUUCCUUUCACCCAAGUACUACGAGGACUUGGACGAUGCAAGCUCUACCUCCUCACUGUCACAGCCACUGGACCCUGAGGACUCGCACUCGCUGGAAGAGGAGGAGUCGGCCCUGGCCCCAUCCCCGGGUCAUGCCAUCGUAGUCCCACGACACCCUACAGUGGUCCGCACCCCUUCCAUCCAACCUGGGUUCAGGAUGCAGACUGCACCCUUCAGCAAGCUUCCUUCCGGCCUCAGUACUGCUGCAAGUCCUGUUCCACCCAGUAAGAUUAAUAUGGGUGGAGCAGACAGCACUGCUUUCGCCACCAAGACAGUUAAGCACGGUGCGCCCCCAGCGGAGAAGACUACCCCGGUCACCAUACCUGCCCAACAAGCCGCAGCAACGGCUGCCCUGCGUCGCCAGAUGGCCAGUCAGAAGCCAGCUGGCACUUCGCUGACCGAGUCUACAUUGAAGACAGUACCACAGGUGGUCAACGUGCAGGAGCUCAAGGUUAAAGGUCCUGCCUUGCCUGUCUCCAUGGUGAUCGGCUCCUCGGUGCCAGCCCCUGCCACCCAGGUGGCCCAGCAGGUUCUGGCAACGGUGACUUCGAAUCAGGCCAAGCGGAAUCAGAAUCUUUCUGCCAGCUUCAAAGCAACAGGCUCGACGAGUGAAAGUUCAUCGGUAGCCCAGCCUGGGUUCGUGUUUGGUGGCGUCCCGAUGCCGGAGGUGCCUGCAUGCUCCGCCUCCAGCUCGGCUCCAGCAUCAGCCCCCACGGAGCAGACGAGCAAGGCCUUCUCUUUCUCGGCCGCGCCCCCAGGAGGUUUUAACUUCUCAUCUUUAAGUACCGUAUCCUCUGCGCUGACAUCGCAAGGAGGUGGAGGUAAGGAUGUGAGCCAGUCUAAGUUCUCCUUCAACAGCACCAACGCCACAGCAGGAAAAUUAGUGUUUGGGGGAGGCACAGAUACUUCGUUCUCCUUUACCCCAAAACCUAGCUCUGCUGCUCUAGGGGGCACCAAUUCAACCACUCCUCCAGCCAGCGUGUCUGCAGAGCCUGCCCGGCCUGUGUCCUCCACACCACCUAUGAAGAUGGACUUCCCAGCAUCCAAACCCGUGGGGGCCGGGGAGACACUGGGUAGCUUCUCUGGGCUGCGUGUGGGGCAGGGUGACGAGGAAACCAAGGAGCUACCAAAAACCACGACGUCUGCAGCCUCAGGCUUCAGUUUCUCUACGGCACUUGGGGCCACUGCAACAGGGGUCGCGAGCUUCAGCUUUGGCAGUGGUUUUCGCUUGGGAAAAACGACAGAGCCUGCCGCCUCUGAGGCAGAGCCCACCACCUCCACAACCACCACCACCACCGGGGGAAACCUGCCAAAGGCCACCGCAUCCAUUUUUGAGAGCAUCUUGACUCCUUCGGCUGUUUCUGCCGAGGGAGUUUUCAAACCGUCAGAUCCAACAGCACCUGUCACCACCAAGUCAGCCUUUUCCGUCGCUCAGCCUGCUGCCGUGACCUCCGCUUCAAUAUCCUUUAGCAGCUUGCUUGCAGCCCCUCUGACUUCCCCCAACCCCGAGCCCCCUGCUUCACUGUCAGAGACGACCACUGUCGCGGACACGCCCCAGCCACCAGCAUCUGAUGUUGAGAGCACAGCUCCUGUGACAUUCCCACUUCUCUCCAGUGAUGGGGCUGCUACCACCUUGGCCUCCCCUCAGACCAUCGUUGCAGAUACUGCCACUGGCCCCGAAAAGCCUCCAACUCCCCCAUCCCCUGCCCCCUCACCAGUGCCAGCGGUAGCCCCGACUACCGUUUCAGUUGUCCUUCCCACCCCAUCAGCAGAAGGAACCCCUCUGCCUGAAUGUAGCAAGGCCCCUGAGACAACAGCCACCUCCACUUGCAAUUCCACAGCAGCAGCAGUAGCAACCACUUCUCAGCAGACCUCUUUAUUUGGCCAGAUGCUGGCUUCAGACAAGCCGCCGGAGUCCAUCUUUACCCAGCCUGCAGUCAGCACGGACUCCACUACCCUGGGGGUGUCCAACCUCACCUCGGUGAUCAGCACGGCUGCGCCACUGACAACUCCCACCCCUGCUCCUGCUGUUGCUGCUGCUGCUGCUGCUCCUGCUGCUUGUGCUCCUGCUCCCUCAGGCGGCUUGGUUUUCUGCCAGCCGGCUGCCCCAACUACCAACGCACCACCAGCACCUGCCCCUGCGGCUAGCGGGUUCGGCUCCACCGGGUUUGGUAGCGGUGUCGGCGCAACCGGGUUUGGGAAGCCUGUGUUUGGACAAGUCGGUGGGUUCGGACAGCCUGCUGCGAGCUCUGCCAGCAGUGGCGGUUUCACAUUUGGUCAGCCAGCCUUUGGGUCAAGCCCCGCGUUCGGGCAGCCCGCGACAGCCGUUCCGGCCUCCAGCAGUGGGGGGGUCCUCUUUGGCUCCUCAAGCAGCAGCAGUAGUGCAAGCUCCUUUUCUUUUGGGCAGAUGACCACCAGCAGUGCCACAACCGCUGGCAGCUCCGGUUUGUUCGGUCAGAGCAGCACACCUGCCUUUGGCCAGCAGAGCUCUGGGUUCGGCCAGGGUUCUCUGUUUGGCGCUGCCACCACCACUGCCGCCACGGGGUUCAGCUUUGGACAGCCUUCAGCAUUUGGCAGCACAUCCACUUCCUCUGUGUUUGGACAGCAGACAGGUGGCGGCAGUGUCUUCGGACAGACUGCCGCUCCAGGCGGAGGACUCUUUGGCUCUGGGGCUGGCAGCUCUUCUGGGACCAGCGGGAGUUCCGGGGGUUUCUUCAGUGGUCUCGGCGGGAAGCCCAGUGAGGACGCAGCCAACAAGAACCCGUUUGGGUCCACGACUUCAGGAGACUUUGGUCAAUCAAACCAAGCAGGGUCCAGCAGUCUGUUUGGGAACAGCGGGGCCAAGACCUUCGGUUUCGGCUCUUCGUCCUUUGGGGAGCAGAAACCUGCUGGCACGUUCAGCGCUGGAGGGGGCAGUGUUGCCGCCCAGGGCUUUGGCUCCUUCACCAGCCCUGCCAAACCAGGAGGCUUUGGCAGCGCCCCAGUUUUCGGCAGCCCACCUGCCUUUGGGGGCUCACCUUCAUUUGGAGGCACUUCAGCCUUCGGGUCGGGAGGCUCCUUCAGCAACCCCUUGGGAUCCACACCCAGCAAGGUCUUCGGGGAGGGGACUGCGGCUGCCAACGUGGGAGGGUUUGGCUUUGCGUCGGCCUCCAGCGCCCCGAGCUUCGGCAGCCUGGCCGGCCAGAACACCCCGUCCUUUGGCAACCUGGCCCAGCAGGGCCUCGGUUUUGGGGGUCAGUCCGGCGGGUUUUCAGGGUUUGGACCCACCGGAGCAUUCACUGGCGGUUUUGGAUCCACCAAUCCGUCUUCCCAAACCUUCAGCUCUUGGAGAAGCUAGUUAUUGUCGACCCUGUCCAGCGUCCUUCCUCACCCCAGGCAUGGCCUGCAACUCCUGUUCUGCCCUCAUGUA